AUGAGGGUUAUUUUGUUUUUAUUAAUAAUUUAUACGACAAUUAUAUACACGAGUCAAUUUUCAGAUAUUAAAAACAAUGCAAUAUCGUCAAUAUACAAAAUAGGUAAACGAAAAUCUUUAUUUAAUGAUGAAUCGAAUACGAACGAACAUUCGAAAAUCAAAAAAGAUAAAAUAAAAGUAAAAAACGAUCGAUUGAAAAGUAUUUAUAAUAGACAAAAUUUAGAUUCGGAUAAACAGCAUUAUCUAAGAAAUUCAGUAAGAAAUUACGUUAAGAAAAGAUCACAAUACGAUGGCAGGAGAGCCAAGGAUACCGAUACUAGUGAUACAGCGAGUUCAAGCAUAGAGAUAAAGAAUUGGAAGGAUGAAUGGAAAGAACAUUGGUUGCACAAGAAGUUGGAAGCCAUCAACUCAUCUAUACCAAAAGGCGAUACGGUCAAUAUUGUCGCUGCGAGGCCGUGGGGUGUUCCUUGUGGAGAUCCAAACCAACACGACGCGCCUUGGGGAUCUUGCAUGCUGCCUAUGGAAUGCGAAGCAGAGUACCGCAUCUAUCGUGGCGACUAUUUCUGUGGUCGAACGAAGUUCAUAUGUUGCGCUUUACAAAUAACCACUUACGAUAUGUACGCUGGAUUCGACGUGUCGUUCGCUGAUUCCAGUUUAGCUACAGAUUCAGAAGAAAAGAAGAACAGGGAAAGAGGUUCUAAAGAACGCAAGAGACGAAAAAGAAUCCGUGACAGAAAAAGGAGACUAAGAGAUAGGAAUAAACGAAAGCGUAAAAUAAAGAGAACUAUACGGAAAAUCAUACGAGAAAUAAGGAAGGUAUUAAACAGAUCUUUCAGGAACGGAACCACAGCGAGGAAGAGGAAGACCAAGCAGCUCAAGAAGUUCAUAAAGGAAAUGAAGAAAAGAUACAUAAAAGAUAGAAAGGCAGUACAGGAUAUCCACGAAAUCGAGCUAACUAAGAUAGACGCAGGGCUGCUGAAUCGUUUGAACGAAAUAAAAGGUAUGAAUCAACAGUACGUGAAGAAUGCAACUUUUAGAAAUAUAGUCGUAAACGGUACGAUUAGUAGGCAAAAUCAGAAAAUACUCGUAGAAGCCUACCCGGAUUUAAUGAACAUGCUUAACACUCGACGUCGUGAAUCAGUAAAACCUAAAGAUUAUCUAGAUUAUGAUAUAGAAUAUGGGUAUCUUUAUUAUUAACUGAUUGUUUAUCAAUACAUUUAGGGAGAGUUCA